CUCCUCUUCUUCUAUAUCCCUUUUUAUCUCUUCGCAGCUUUCUCUCUUCUCUCAGAUCUAUAUGCUUUCUCUUCGUUCCCAAUCGUUCGCUUUCUUCUCUCCAUCGGAUUCGUCAGAUCUCAUCGAUUUCUUGUCGUUUCAUCGGAUUCGUCAGAUCUCAUCGUUUUCUCGUCGUUUCAUCGGUCCCAGAUCAAAUCUAGGGAUUUGCUAAUUGGUAGGCUAUCUUCAAGCAAACAUGCAUGGUUAUGAGCAUGACCUUGACGAGGAAGCUGGGUAUGAAGACUAUUACAGCGGUGAUGAGGAUGAAUAUGAAGAUGAGGAGGAGGAGGAAGAAGAAAGACAACCUCCUAAGGAAGAAUUGGAAUAUCUAGAAUUGCGUCAAAAGUUGAAGGAAUCUAUCAGGAAGAACAUGGGAAAAGGAAGUGCUAAUGCUCAAUCUUCACAAGAGAGAAGAAGAAAACUUCCUUAUAAUGACUUUGGUUCCUUCUUUGGUCCCUCACGGCCUGUUAUUUCCUCAAGGGUUAUACAAGAAAGCAAAUCCUUGCUAGAAAAUGAGAUACGGACAGCUAAAAUGUCGAAUUCGAGCCAAACUAAGAAAAGACCAGUUUCAACGAGUGGUUCAGGCUCUAAGAAUGUGUCACAAGAGAAGCGGCCUAAAGUUGUGAAUGAGGUGAGAAGGAAAGUUGAGACUCUUAAGGAUACUAGAGACUAUUCGUUUUUGUUUUCCGAUGACGCGGAGCUUCCUGUUCCGAAGAAGGAAUCUUUGUCUCGUAGUGUGUCCUUUCCCAAUUCUGAGGCUCGAUCUGCUCAAUUAUCAGCGAGGCCCAAACAAUCAUCAGGUAUCAAUGGUAGAACUGCUCACAGUCCCCAUCGUCAGGAGAAGAGACCUGUUUCAGCGAAUGGGCAUUCAAGACCGUCAUCCUCUGGCAGUCAUAUGAAUCAGUCAAGACCGUCUUCCUCUGGCAGUAGUCAAAGACCGGGUUCGUCGACAAACCGUCAAGUACCCAUGAGGCCACCAGGUUCAGGUUCCACAAUGAAUGGUCAAUCAGCCAACCGGAAUGGGCAACCGAAUUCCAGAUCAGAUUCCCAAAGAUCAGCUCUUGCGAAAGUGCCAGUGGAUCAUAGGAAACAGAUGAGCAGUAGCAAUGGAGUUGGUCCUGGUCGGUCAGCGUCGACUGCAAGACCUUUACCAUUGGAAAGAAAACCCUCCAUUUCGGGAGGAAAGAGUUCUCUUCAAAGUGCUCAGAGACCGUCCUCAUCUAGACCAAUGUCAUCUGAUCCUAGGCAACGGGUAGUAGAACAGAGAAAGGUGUCCCGAGACGUGGCCACACCCCGAAUGAUACCAAAACAAUCAGUGCCUACCUCGAAACACCAGAUGAUGAGUAAACCAGCGCCCAAGAGACCUCCCUCGCGUGAUAUAGAUCAUGAUAGGAGGCUGCUGAAGAAGAAGAAGCCUGCAAGAAGGUCAGAGGACGAAGAAGCUUUUGACAUGCUUAGACAGUUGAUACCACCCAAGAGUUAUUCUCGGUAUGAUGAUGAUGAUAUAAACAUGGAAGCAGGCUUUGAAGAUAUCCAAAAGGAAGAGAGACGAAGUGCGAGAAUCGCAAGGGAGGAAGAUGAAAGAGAACUUAAGCUCUUAGAGGAAGAAGAAAGGAGAGAAAGACUGAGAAAGAAUAGGAAGCUGAGCCAUUAAGCUCUUUUGUCUUCUUUUAGGACUUCAGAUCUUUUUUAGUGUUCUCUCUUUUAAUCUUUUUGGCAGCUUGAUGCAAAAAAGAGUUUGACCUAUC